AAUUCCAAUCCGUCUCCCUUAAGAACAACCUGUCGGACAUUUUUGCGCAACAACAACUGCUACACUGGGGAAGAACAUCGACUGUCCAAGAUUAUUCAUUCCUCUCACUAUGGCCACUAUCUGUGAAACAAUCCAGCCGUCUCCGGCCUUUUUGCUUGACAAACAUAGUUCGAAGGAUCCGGUGCUACAGGACAUCAGAAAGUCCAUGGAGCUUCUGGACUUGAAAUCCGGCGUGCUCUCAGGACUCCUGCAGUCUCAAAAAUCAGUGCCAUCUCUGCUCCUCUGGGACGAAAAAGGGCUCAAGAGAUUCAAUGAAUGGACCGAGUGUCCCCACUAUUACCCCAAAUCGAAAGAGUCGGAGAUCCUCGAGGCGAACAAACACCGGAUGGCCGAAGCUCUACCAAGCAAAACGGUACUGAUUGAGCUGGGUUGUGGAAACCUGCACAAAACACUUAUCAUCUUGUCUGCCCUCGCCACGCAAGGCAAAGAGGUCCAAUACUACGCCGUGGACGUCUCGGAGUCAGCACUGCGCACCAGCCUUCGGGCUUUGCAAGCAGAGAUGAACUGUUUCCCGACAAUCCGCAUCUCGGGUCUGAUUGGCACCUACGAUGACUGCGUGGACUGGAUCACCAACAAUCCUGCCACUGCUCAUGCGCCUUCAGUCACCUUCCUCUGGGUCGGAAAUAGCGUAGCGAAUCUCUCGAAGGCCGAAGCAAGCAAUCUCAUGGGCUCUUUCCGUCAGGCCUGCUGUACCGCGGGGAUCCAAUGUCGCUUCCUCGUUUCUGCAGACGCCUGCACAGACGCGAGCAAGCUGAUCAAGGCCUACAACCCUAGGUUUGGGCCAUCGUGCAGUUUCCUCCGCCAUGGUAUACAGCAUGUCAAUAGACUGUUUGGAAUGAGCUUGUUCGAGGACGCAAUUUGGGACUGCACCAUAGAGUACGACCGACAAGCAAGUGAAAUCCUAGCUUUCUACUCUCCGAAAGUUGACGUCGCGUGGGCGCUGGAUUCCGGGCCUGUGACCGUGCAUCAAGGGGAAAUGAUAUUCUUCUUCCGCAGUGGGAAAUGGAAUGAGGAACAAAUGGGGAAUAUUGCACGGCAGAGCGGGUUUCAGGUUUCGCAGGUGUGGAAGGAUUCGCAAGAGGAGUAUGGCUUCUAUCUACUGUCUUCGUAG